CUUUCAGUGGAUCCGCGAACGUUUCCCUUCAUUGAAAGGCCGGAGGAGGAGAAACUCAAUGAAGCACUGAAUAUACUCAAGUUCCAGGGCGUGCUAUAUCCGGACCGCGAUAAUCAGCUUACUGCUUUGGGAAGUACGAUCGCCAAACUACCAGUAGACGUAGCUAUAGCGAAGAUGCUCGUUUUGGGUUGUGUGGUAGAUCACGUAGAGGUGAUCCUCACAGUUGCAGCCGGUUUGUCUGUACAAAGUCCUUUCACCAAUCGAUCUUAUCGAGAACUCGAAGUGGUUCAGAGAAGAGAAGGUUUGACAAAUUCUAUGGGUGAUCCCUUCACGCUUAUAGAGAUAUUCAGGUCUGUUUCUCUUCGAGUUACCUUUACAUACGUCGGUUUUGGACCCCUUGCCAUCUGUUACUGUGGCGACCAAAUACUUUAUAGAGAAUGGAUGCUGCAGAAAUGUACUGUUGGCAAGGCUCGUCGGUGGGCGCUAGAAAAUGGCAUCGAUGAACAUAGAAUGUACGAAAUCAGCAAGCUGAGGUUCCAAUACAGGCAGAUUCUCGAAGACGCUGGGCUGAUUGAGAGGCCCGAUGCGCAUGAGCUGGGAGAAGAUGACUCACGUCAAAGAAGAAUUGACCAAGGAGAUAAGAAGAAGCUGCUUGACAUGAAGCGUGAAGCCAGAAACCAGGAGAAGACAAGGAAAGUGUUGCGUGCGGACAAGCAUUUCGAUUCGAUCCUCAAUGACGUAGAGGAGGAAGAUCUUGGUAGUUUAUCUCAAUGUAUAGUUGCAAUUGAGGCAUGGCAGUGGGAAACACUUGAACCUCAUGCUGAUAGCGAAGGGCGGUCAGUGCGCCACAAAAUCUUGUUUUAUGGGCUGCUGUUGGAAACUACAAAACCGUAUAUUUGCAAUGUUCUUCCUCUACCUGCACUCAAUCUCUUAUUAUUCGCGAAGAAGGUAAUUUGUGACGACUGGAAAUCAGUCUUGGUGGACGAAUUUGUGGAGAUGACUUUCAGUCGCGAAUCCCAUUGCAAGGAGAUAUUGCAGAUCACAAUACAGAUAAGGAUGGAGUUGAAUAGAGGCAAGUGUUUGCAAAGAAAGUUAUAUGGCCAGGACUUUAGCGCUCGUGUACUUACCGAUUUGAUUAAUCGGCUUGCAUACCAGCUCUGUGAAGGAGAUAUCGAAAUAUCAGAUCGAGAGCUUGAAAUGGAAGACCCAGUAAUAGAUCAGUCGGUAAAGGUUGAAACAGUAGAGGAUGAACAUGGUGCGGAAAGUGCGGAAGGAACGAAGACGACACGCUCAUCUGCAAUGGAUUUGCUGUCUGUUAGUGACGAGGCUGUCAAAAAGGAGAGGAAACCGACGUAUUACGAACUGUUGCAACAACGAAUGCGAGAACGUGAAGCCACAGUAGGAGACGAGCAAGCACAGGAAAAAACCUCGAUUGGAUUGAUCUCUUGGGAAUAA